AAUCAGGCCCUUGUGUAAGGAGGACUGUAGCUUUAUUCAGCAGCUAAAGGAUAAGUGUUUAAAGGACCUUCAGACAGCAACAGAAGCAGUUGGUUACUGAUAUGUUUCGCAAAUUCAAAAAGCUAAUAAGGGGCCCUGUGCUAGCUCCUUCAUCAGACACAACACCAGCACCUACCCCAGCGCCUGGACCACCAGCACCCACCCCAGCUUCUGUAACACCAGCGCCUAACCUAACUCCUAAACCACCUUUACAAACUCAGCCAAUUAAGGAUGAAAAGCCUGCAGUCAAAGAAACUGAAGCCAAGAAAGAAGAAGAAACCCCUGCUCCAGCCCUGACACCUGCACCUGCUGCUUCGCCAAAACCAGAAGAGAAACUCUCCAAGACUGAAAAAGAGCAGCCACAUGCUGAAGAGCAAGAACCACAGCCAUCUGCACCAUGUCCAGUUGUAAUAAAUAGGUACUCCGAUGCCCAGCUUCGAAAGAUAAUCAACCAGAUGCGACAACGUACACAACUGUACAAAGAAAAAGUCAUAGACCCCUACACCUCAUCACCUGAGCACAGCCCUCCAGUCACACCUGUUAUGAGAAAAAAGGAUUUCUUUAAAAAGCAAGAGGAAGAGAGAAAAAGAAAAGAAGAGGCAGAGAGAAUCAAAAAGGAGGAGGAGGAGGCAAAGAAAGCAGCCACAAAUGCUGAGGAAAAGAAAGAGAAGAAAGAAGUGAAGAAGGAAGAAGGGAAAGGACAAGUUGAAGAAGCCAAGGAAAAAAUGCUUUCUCUUUGUCCGAUAAUCAGAUGCACCUGUAUAGAUACAGUCCUGAAACCUAUUGAAGACAGAAUGGAUAAAGUAUUGGGCACAUCCAUAGAUUCAUUCACAGAUCGGCGCUACAUCACUUGGCUUAGCCUGGUGACUAUCGCCUUCAGCUACAAUCUUUGGUUCAUACCAGUUCGUAUGACCUUCCCCUGUCACACUCCUACCUCAGUACCGCUGUGGUUUACUGUUGAUGUUAUAGCUGACCUGAUAUACAUCAUCGAUAUGAUCAUUUUCCAACCAAGGCUGCAGUUCUGCAAAGCUGGAGAUAUCAUUUAUGACCAAGCUGUUAUUAAAAAGAAUUACAGAGCCUCCACAAAGUUUCAGAAUGCUGUAAUAUCAGUCAUACCCCUGGAUUUGUUGUAUUUUCCAUUUGGAUUCCAGUCCAUUUUUAGAAUCAAUCGCAUCAUGAGGUUUGAGGCUUUUUUUGAGUUCAGUGAUCGGCUUGAGGGCAUCAUGACAAAGGCAUACAUCUGGAGAGUAAUUCGUACUAUUGGGUAUCUCCUGUUCGCUCUUCAUAUCAACUCUUGCCUUUACUAUGUGGCAUCUGCAUACCAAGGCAUUGGUACAACCAAGUGGGUCUACAGUGGCCAGGGCAAUGCCUACCUGAGGUGUUUCUUCUACUCAGAGAAAACCCUGCUGAUGAUUGCAGAGCUACCUUUUCCCGACACCUUAUUUGGUCAAAUCUUUCAGAUGACCAGCUAUUUUUUUGGUGCAUUUUUUUUGUCCAUCAUUCUUGGCCAGAUGAGAGAUGUCAUCGGGGCUGCCACUGCUGGUGAGACAUACUUCCGUGCCUCUAUGGACACAUGUGUAGCCUAUAUGGUGACAAAUCGUAUUCCAAAGCUGGUACAGCACAGAGUCCGUACAUGGUACAAUUAUACCUGGGACUCACAGGGUAUGCUAGAUGAGUCAGAGUUGCUGGAACAAAUGCCACUGGUAAUGAGAACAGCCAUUGCUGUGGACAUUAAUCUCGCCAUCUUCCAGAAAAUUGACCUGUUUAAGGGAUGUGAUAACCAAAUGCUUGUGGACAUGUUGCUGAGGCUGAAGUCUAUUGUGUAUUUGCCAGGGGAUUUUGUGUGCAAAAAGGGUGAUAUUGGUAAAGAGAUGUAUAUCAUCAAAGCUGGAGAGGUGCAAGUUGUUGGUGGGCCUGACAACAAGAUUGUUUUUGUGACAUUAAAGGCAGGCUGUGUGUUUGGUGAGAUCAGGACUGUGAUGCUACAAUGGACCUGGUCUUCUAGUCUUCUGCAGUCUUCAGCAAAUGGAGGCAACAGAAGAACAGCGAAUGUGGCAGCUCAUGGAUUUGCUAACCUCUUUGUGCUCGAUAAGAAAGAACUUAAUGACAUCCUGGUUCACUACCCAGAAUCCCAGAAAGUUCUAGCCAGAAAAGGAAGGAAACUGAUGAAGGCCAAGGGUCCAGCUGUAGCCUUAAAAGAAGAAGAGAAAAAGAAAGGCAUAGAGCUGUUUGCACCCAAACCUCCCACGCCUCAAAUGCUUCGGGCAUUUGGAAGGUUCAACAAAAAAGCAUUUAUGGAAAAACUCAAGACCUCUACAAAUGGCUGACAAGUGAGACAAACAACAAAUUCACUACUUAAUAUACGAUUAUCAUGAAUAGAUGUUUUGUACCAAAACAUAAUAAAGCAGAUAUUUUUUAAACAUUG